GCCGGCGGAGCCGCGCGGUCCGCAGGGCGGCCGAGCGCUCCUCCGGCAGACGGCUCUCCGCGAACGCCGUUAGAGGUGGCGGUCGUCCCCCGGGGCUUCGCCCAAGCCCGCUGCCAGCCGGGCUGCCUCCUGGAGACGGAACUGAGAGCCAUGGGCAGGCUCGCGGCGCUGCUCCUGCUCCUCGGCCUCUGCACCGACGGCUCCCUCGCCAAGAAGGGCAAGAGCAAACCCGGCGGCGGCGGCUGGGGCACCGGCCGCCAGCCCGGCUACCCACGCCAGCCCGGCUACCCCCACAACCCCGGCUACCCCCACAACCCCAGCUACCCCCAGAACCCCGGCUACCCCCAUAAUCCCAGCUACCCGCACAACCCCGGCUGGGGACAAGGCUACAACCCGUCCAGCGGAGGAAGCUACCACAACCAAAAGCCCUGGAAACCCCCCAAACCCAAGACCAACCUGAAGCACGUGGCCGGGGCGGCGGCGGCUGGCGCCGUGGUGGGCGGCCUGGGCGGCUACGCCGUGGGCCGCGCCAUGUCGGGGAUGCACUACCGCUUCGACAGCCCCGACGAGUACCGGUGGUGGAACGAGAACGCGGGGCGCUACCCCGACCGGGUGUACUACCGGGACUACAGCGGCCCCGUGUCGCAGGACGUGUUCGUGGCCGACUGCUUCAACAUCACCGUGACGGAGUACAACAUCGGCCCCGCCGCCAAGAAGAGCAACGCGUCGGAGGCCGGCAACAGAACCGAGGUCGAGAUGGAGACCAAAGUGGUGACCAAAGUGAUCCGGGAGAUGUGCGUGCAGCAGUACCGCGAGUACCGCCUGGCCUCCGGCGGCCGGCUCCCCCUCGCCGAGGCCUUGCCCGAGCUCCUGCUCCUCCUCGCCGUCCUUCUCGCCAUGCCUUGAGGGGCACGUCCGUCCGAAGCAGCCUCUCGUCCUCGCUUGUGUUUGUCUUUGGUGAAGCACCGUGAGAUCCAUUAGCGCUAACGAGCACCGAUAACGUCUUAGGGACGCGAGACGAACGUCUCAGGGCCUCGAGAUGCCGGUAGUCCUCUUCCCGAGCCGUUCCCGGUGGGGGCUCUACGUACCGUCCAGGGCUAAAAGUCAACGGGACGCAAAUUCGCGACGCGCUUUUAAUUAGCGGUCCCCUUCCGAAGCCGUUCGCGGCCGUCUGCGGGGAGGCUCUCGGUACGGCGCGGCGCCGAAAGUCAACGGCGCUCGAGUUUAGCUGCUCUCCGCUCCCCGCUCGGCCCCGUGCCUCGUUCGCGCCGGCUCGGCGCGGGGCGGUCGCCGGCUGCGGAGGCGGGCGCGCGCGGAAGGGGCCUUCGGCGCGUCGUCCUCUUCCUCGGAGCCGCCCUCCGCCGAGCGGGGUGGGAAGCCUCUAAGGAGCCACCUUAACCUAACGUGCGCAGCGCCGGCGAGGCUCCACCGCGCUCGGCCCGGCCCCGGCGCGGUUUUCCCGGAGGACGGACAUGGUUUUGCAAGCAGGACCCUUGGCCGCAAGCUCGCCGAGGCCGCCCUUUUCCCCUUUCCAGGAUAAUUCCCCCUCCCAAAAAAAACGCUCCGCAACCCCGGCGUGCGUGCAUAGGAACCAGCCCCCCCUCCACGUCCCCCGUCCCCAGCACCUCGCAUGCUGCAAACAGCAGGCAACGAAAGGCGAUUUUUUUUUUUAACAGCCAGACCGAAGCUGCGGCCGCUCGCUGGGUGCUGCCGCCUCGAGGCGUUAACGCCCCGGGGCUCGCGGGGCCACCGAGCACCCAGCGAGCGGCUCCCUGGAAAAGCCCGUCCCCGGAGAGGGGGGCGGGGGGGGGGGGAAAUGCUGGAAAAAAACCCACCUUUUGCAAGCGGGUGCCGACGCGCGGGCGCUGUACAUAACCUGUAGCGAUACGUAAAUCUCCCUGCAAAGCCCCGCUUGGGGGUCGCAGCGAACGUCGGCAGCAUGUCGCAUCUUUUAUUUUUGCACAGCGCUGGAUGACACCGUUGUCGAAGCGCCCUAAGCCGCUUCUGCUUCGGCCUCAGCUAAACGGAGCGCGCUCGCUCUAUAUAUAUAUAUAUAUAUAUAUAUAUAUAUAUAUAUAUAUAUAUAUAUAUAUUGUAUAGAGAUCUUUCAGCACCUUCACCCUAAAAGCAGGACUUUGAAGCCACGCGUACUUUGUGAUAUGGGAAUGUUUUGUAAAUUUGUAACGGUGCAUGUCCUGAAUUUUACGCUCCGAUACUUUUGUAAGUGUUCGCUGUCUGGCAAAAACUAAAAUAAACAUAGCAGAGGUGCAAGCCGCUCUCGCUCCCGCA